AUGACAUUGCCGAAACUCAGCAGCGUUUCUGUUUCAUCUGGCCACGUUAGCGCCAACUCACAUGGUUUCUCAAUACUUAGCAAGCAUCCUCACCCGAACAAUCUUGUUCAUUCUCACUCACUUUCUCACACAAAUGCAAAGAGUCACCUGCCCAUCAGUAACAGCAACACCAAAGAAAGCGGUACGAGCAAGGAGGAGGUGGAAUCACUCAAAAAAAACAACCCUUCUUCUUGGGAUCCUAGUGACGAUAUCAAGCUCCGCCAUCUGAAAGAGAUCAAGAACUUGGGUUGGAAAGAGAUAGCUCAUCAUUUUCCAAACAGAACACCUAAUGCCUGUCAAUUCAGAUGGAGAAGACUGAAAUCAGGGAACUUGAAAUCAAAUAAAACUGCAGUUAUUGAUAUCAAUAAAUUGUUCGGUAUGUAUGCCGCCGGUGAUGCUACCACGACUGCAGGUACUCCGUCUGCAGAAGAAACGGUAAAAGAGGAAGCUGUUGAGGACGAAGAUAUUACUGCAGGUUCUAGUGCUAUCGACGAUUCUCCACCGGAUUUCAAACCACUAAUCAAGCCUAAAUACAUGGAUAGGAAACUCAUGACCCAAAGAUCUACGUCAACGUUCUCGGAUCAUGAGCCACAACACACUAAACCAAGGAAACUGUUUGUUAAACCAAGGUCCUUCUCCCAUUCUAUAACCACGAAUACGCCCAAUAUAAAGUCUGCUCAGCAGACAAACCUCAGCCUCUAUAGCACUACUUCAGCAAAGACAAAUAAAGCUGUUAAUUCAAGCGAUUAUGAGAAUAUUGGGCUCGUGCCUAAAAUUAUUAUAAGGUCUAGAAGGAACUCGUUUGUUCCUUCAACCCAGAUUUCUCAUUCAACCACAAAGUCUAGGAAGAACUCCCACUCUGUGAUUUCUUCUAGAAGAUCAUCUUUCAACAUGAUGCAUUCAAGAAGAUCAUCCUUCAACUCUCAUGCUCCUACGGAACCUAUUUCUAGAAGAGCUUCCCUGGUGGUUAGCCCGUAUAUGUCACCCAGAAGAUUAUCUUCAUCACAGUCUGUUCACCAUCAUCCGCAACAGCAAUAUUAUCUUAACCCCAUAGCUUCUCCCAACUGCAAGAUAGAUCACGCUAACGAUAAAGUCACGCACACGAGGACUUUCUUAGAUAUGCAAAAAUUCGCUAAUAAACACCCAUGGUCUAGAGAAGAUGAUGAAGUUUUGCUUAACAACACCAAAGACAAACAGAACCAUUUGUCAACGCUAGAAAUUUCUAUUGUUCUACCUAACAAUAGAUCUGAGCUGGAAAUCCAACAAAGAAUGGACUACUUAAAGAGAAAAGGACGCGCAAGUGGCUUUCUUACAAGUAAAGGAUGUAAAACUGAGGAGGAGGAGGAUGACAUUGACCCACUGCACAAGGAAAACGAUAUUAACAAACCAUCCCUGCAAUCACAAAAUUGCAGUAGGUCAGAGGCCAGACAUGAUAACCCAAAAGCUAGUGAGCUUUCUUCUAUGACCAGUGCAAAUGACAUACAUAAUGAGCAAGAUGAACUUCCAGGUAUAAAUUCUAUUUUUAAGAAUAUUUUCUGA